AUGGUCUCGAAAGCAAAGUUGAUGAUUGCUGCGGAUGAAAAAAUCCCGGGAAAGGCAUUGACCCUUUCCCAUACAAAAACAGCGAUCUGUACAAUUAAGGACAAAUUUAGUGGGCAACAGUUACAAAGGUUCAAGGACAGUUGUUUUGGCCAUUUGUUAGUAAUUGAGGACCUGAAGUGGACAACACAAAUUAUCCAUGGCUUGUUGUUGAGAAAGGCAGACCCGAGGACAGUUUCUCAAGUCAACGGGAUCAAAUUCAUCGUUGGCAACAAGGUCAUACAGUUCACAGCGCAGCAGUUUUGCGUCAUCACAGGGCUGCAGUUUGGAAACCUUCCCUUCAUUCCGACUGCGACUAAUGACAACUGCUCAUUGAAGAAGAAGUAUUUUUGCAACAAUAAAACGGUCAGCCUUUCCGAACUCGAACAAGCCUUCAUCGACAGCGGUGAUGAGGAGGACGUCUUCAAGUUUGGGCUUUUAUAUUUCGCUGUUUUUGUGCUGUUGGGCAGUGAAAAACAUGUCAACAUUGACAUGCGCUACUUGAAAUUGGCCGAAGAUGUUGAAGAGUUCCAGAAGUAUCCGUAG